AUGUCUCACAGCAUCGUCCUCAAUUCCAUGUUCUGUUUGGCAAAUAUCGACAGUAUAAACUCCGUGGAAAUUGCAGCCACCCUACCGCUGACGAAGAUAUGGAAAACCUUUCUGCCUGCGGACUCAGUUGUGCUGUAUCGCGCUUUCUGGCUAUGCUGGCAGGCGGUCGGCAUCUCAAGCGCAAGCUGUAAAUACUUCUGUGGCUUCUACGACCUGCUCAUAAACGUCUCGGUGACAUUUUUCUAUGCAAUUCAUUUGAUUGUGGGUCUCUUCCUCAAUCCAUCGCCAGCAGAUCUCUUCCAAAAUCUGUCCAUUACCAUUACCUGUUUCGUCUGCAGCGUGAAGCAUUACUUAUUGCGUCGUAAAUUACCGCAAAUACGCAACGUGCUGGCGCUGCUCGCCGACCUGGACAAGCGUGUUGAGGGCGUAGAGGAACACACGUACUUUCAAGAGGAACUUGUUGUUGGCGCAAAGAAUGUGUUGAAAUUAUUUUCCAUCGCCUAUGGUGGCGCAAAUAUGGCAGCAAUUUCAGCCACACUACUGAGCAAGGAACGCCGUCUAAUGUACCCCGCAUGGCUGCCAUUCCAAUGGGACGCGAACACAUUCAGCUACUGCGCUGCGGUCAUUUAUCAGAUUGCCGGUGUUUCUAUACAAAUCGUGCAGAAUCUGGCCAACGACAUCUAUCCACCGAUGAGUCUCUGCAUUAUUGCCGGUCAUGUGCAUCUGCUGUCGUUGCGCGUGGCCAAAGUGGGUGCGGAUGCCAAGAAAUGUAAGGAGCAGCAUAGUCACGCGCUGAUCGAAUGCAUUGAGGAUCAUAAGAAAUUGGUGCGCAUUUUUCAACUGACGCAGGACACACUCUCACAACCGCAACUUGCGCAGUUCAUUUCCAGCGGCUUGAAUAUGUGCAUAGUGUUGUUCUAUUUAAUUUUCUAUGUGGAGAAUGUGUUCGCCUACAUUUACUACGCGGUUUAUUUCGUCAGUAUGGCUUUCGAAUUGCUGCCGAGCUGCUUCUAUGGCAGCAAGUUGAUUUAUGAGUUCCAGCAGCUGCUGUCGGCUAUCUUCAAGUGCAGCUGGCUUGGGCACCAGAAUCAACGCAUUUUCGUGCAGCUAUCAUUGAAGGAGAUUGUUCCUUUGGCAGGUGGCGUCAUCGGUAUACAGUUGAAUUCUUUCCUGGGCACUUGCAAGAUGGCUUAUUCUCUGUAUACGGUGUGCAAUCGUAUGAAAUAG